CUUUACUGUUUUCAGCAACAAAAGACUUUUCACUGGCUCAGUAAUUUGUACCAUUACGAGUGGAAGUAAUACAGAACAAUUCAAUGGAGAAACGUGCCACAUCUACCAUGCAGGUGCUCUAUGCAGAACUGGCAGCCGCAAAGUCUAAAAGUGCCGCGCUGGAGGAGGAGAACAUUUUGCUGCGCCAUCGACUGAAUCGCGCGUCUGCCAGCCACAGCACCAAUGCGGCCAUCAAUGUGGAGGCCAAGAUCAUGGCCUUCCAGUUGGAGGAAGAGCGAGAUCGUCUGGUGGAAACACUGCAGAAGCACAAGAAGAAGUACAACAAACUGCACGACGCUUAUCUGGAGAAGGUGAAACGCUGUCGCGCCCUGGAGGAGAUGUUCAAACGGCAGAAGACACUUACAGGCUUGGUGAUGAAGUCUUCCUUGGAUCAGAGAAAUGCAGAACAACGAAUGGCGUUGGAGAAAAGACAAUCGGUUCAAAGCGAUGCCAAUGAACUGAACGAGCUGAAGGCCCAAGUGGAAAAACUUCAAAGAGCCCUUGAUGAGUCAUACGACAUUAUCGAUGAAAUGGAUUUUGAACUCGAGAGCGUGGACUUACUGGAAAUGCAAAACCAAAGCUUACGGGACGAAUUGGCCGCUUUUAAGGCAAACUCCGUUGCAGGAGCGACCAGUCUGCCAGCUUCAGUUCCCAACGAUGACGAUCCUCCGCCCAAAUACGAGGAGGACUAUCCCGGCCAGCAUCAUAAAGCUAUGCUGGCUCGUCGCUGCUCCUCAAGCAGUGAAUCCGAUCCAAAGGAUGAUGAUGCCGAUGCAGAAACCAUGGAAAGAGCUGCCCUUACGCAUAGUCUCAUUCAAACGGUGGAAACCGAGAGCAAUGCCCUGAGACGGGAAUUGUUAAGAUCCCGCUGCCAACGAACAAUACGAGCCAAGUUGGAGAAAGAAAGCGAGCCGGCUGAUUAGGAUAAGUGGCAGGAUUAACCUUAAUAAAUAAGUGCCAGCCAAAAAAUAAAAUGCCAACCAAUAGAUGAUAAUGACAAGUAGCCAUACUAAAGCUGAUGAAACUGAUCACUAAGUUUACGCACACUGGCCUAACCCAGAUUCCGAGCCAACUACGCCUAACCACCGCACAUACUAGAGUUUGCUUUUAAGGUUCGACAAACACGCUCUGCGGCUGCGUUAAAUCAAACUUUUGAGAUAGAGAUAGAGUAACCUGGUUUCUCGCACUGCGCGCGCAGAGGAAACUCGUCUAAUGGCGAUUAAUUAAAAUAUUUGCUAAUGCCAUCAAACGAGUUGCGCACAGAUCACCUGCCAAAGGAUCUGGCCUCUGCGCCGUGAAGGUUCCAGCCCCCAACUCCUGUCCCCAACCCCAUUCCCCAUCCGCCAAACGGCGUGGUGCGCUAUCCAUUAAAACAUGACAAUUAUUUUUAUGACUUAAUGCAGUCGGAGGCCUUGUUGCCCAAUGCCUAAUGCUGCAAAUUAUUGACAAAGUAAAUUAAUCUCCACAUUUGUUGGCUGGACCAGACAAACUAGCGCGACACCUCUAAGAUCACCAAGCUCUCCCACUUGGUUGCUUAUCGCAUUAAAAAGUUCC